GUCGGCAAGACUACUCUCUUCAUUAUCACUAAAAUUUCCAGAGGUUAGGUUACUGCCUGCUUGCGUGGUUCAAGGACUUUUUUGGAUUCAAGUGAUCCUCUUAUAAUUCCUAAAUGUUUAGGAUAAUUUAAAUCAAUUUUUUAAAAACUCUUUCUUUUCAGAUUUCUAGUAUCUAGUAUAAACAUGGGUGGUCUUUUAAAAAUAAAAGGGCUGCGUAUGUCGUCCCAAAAGCAGGAGACGCUUUUGAAGUUAACAAUACUUUCCAUGGCUGCAGUUUUAUCGUUUGCCACACGUUUAUUCUCAGUGUUGAGAUUCGAAAGUGUUAUUCAUGAGUUUGAUCCUUAUUUUAAUUAUCGAACGACGAAAUUCCUAGUGGAAGAAGGUUUUUAUAAUUUUUACAAUUGGUUCGAUGAUCGUGUUUGGUAUCCUCUUGGCAGGAUAAUAGGAGGAACCAUUUAUCCGGGAUUAAUGGUGACAUCAGGAGCCUUGUACCAUUUAGCACAGUUUUUAAAUAUUACUAUAGAUAUAAGAAAUGUUUGCGUCUUCCUUGCUCCUCUAUUUUCAAGUUUAACAACCAUUGUUACAUACUUACUCACUAAGGAACUGCGGGAUUCUGCUUCUGGAUUGUUGGCGGCGUCCAUGAUUGCCAUUGUCCCAGGAUAUAUAUCUCGUUCCGUUGCGGGCUCUUACGACAAUGAGGGAAUUGCAAUAUUCUGCAUGCUCUUCACCUACUACAUGUGGAUUAAAGCUGUUAAAACGGGAGCAAUAUUUUGGUCAACGUGUGCAGCUCUUGCGUACUUUUAUAUGGUGUCGUCUUGGGGUGGAUAUGUCUUUUUAAUAAAUCUCAUUCCUCUCCACGUGCUGACUUUAAUGGUGACUGGGAGAUUCACGCACAGAAUUUACGUCGCCUACAGCGUUUUGUAUUGUCUGGGAACAAUUCUCUCAAUGCAAAUUCCAUUUGUCGGAUUUCAACCAGUUCAAAGUUCAGAGCAUAUGCUGGCAAUUGGAGUUUUCGGAUUAUGCCAGAUUCACGCGUUAGUUGAUUAUUUACGCAGUAAACUCUCCGAAACUGACUUUGAAAUACUGUUCCGUGGCCUUGUUGUUUCUACUGUGACUGCAUCUUUAGUAGUUGGUGCAAUUUUGACUUUUACUGGUAAAAUAUCUCCUUGGACUGGACGAUUUUACUCCCUUUUGGAUCCUUCUUAUGCUAAGAAUCACAUUCCAAUUAUUGCCUCUGUUUCGGAGCAUCAACCUACCUCGUGGAGUUCAUUUUACUUCGACUUACAAAUUCUGGUGUUCCUAUUUCCAGCGGGCUUAUACUUCUGCUUCUCAAAGUUGACAGAUUCAAAUAUUUUCCUCAUUCUCUACGGUGCUACCAGUCUGUACUUUGCGGGAGUUAUGGUGCGUUUGAUGUUGGUGCUGGCGCCAGUUAUGUGCAUUUUAGGAGGAAUCGGUGCUUCCGCUCUGUUGCUUACGUAUAUGAAACAAAUCGAAAGUGGAAAAGUCACUGACAAAAAGUCCAAGAAAUUUGAAAGCAACUACGUGCUGAGAAGCGAAAUCGCCACAUUUUUUGUGAUUAUAAUGUGUAUUCUCUUCUUCUCGUACACUUUCCAUUGCACAUGGGUGACAGUUGAAGCUUACAGUUCUCCAAGUAUAGUGUUAUCAGCUCGAUCACCUGACGGAGGUCGAAUGAUCUUCGACGACUUUAGAGAAGCCUACUAUUGGCUCCGUAUGAACACACCAGAGGACGCAAAAGUGAUGUCAUGGUGGGAUUAUGGAUAUCAAAUAACGGCAAUGGCGAAUCGGACAAUUCUAGUGGACAAUAAUACGUGGAAUAAUACCCAUAUAUCGAGAGUUGGUCAAGCAAUGGCAAGUUCUGAAGAAAAGGCAUUUGAAAUUAUGAGAGAGUUGGAUGUGAAUUAUGUGCUUGUGAUUUUUGGUGGUUUAACAGGCUAUUCUUCUGACGAUCUAAACAAGUUCCUUUGGAUGGUGAGGAUUGCGGGUAGUACAGAAAAAGGAAAAUCGAUAAGUGAAUGGGAUUAUUAUAAUCCGGCUGGAGAGUUUCGAGUUGAUAAAGAAGGAACACCCACUUUGCUGAAUUGCCUUAUGUACAAAAUGUGUUAUUAUCGCUUUGGUCAAGUGUAUACAGAAGGAGGAAAACCAUCUGGAUACGACAGAGUUAGAAAUAUGGAAAUUGGAAAUAAAGACUUUGAAUUGGAAACACUAGAAGAAGCAUACACAACAGAGCACUGGCUAGUUAGAAUCUAUAAAGUGAAAGAUCUCAAGAACAGAGGUAUCUGAAGUGACUCUCGAAAGUUUCUCUUUUCUCUUUCGAAAAAAAAGAAAAAAAAAGAAAAAAAAAGAAAAAAACAGAGAAUUUGUCUUUAUCAGAAACAAUGUCCUUUUCUACAAGAAUAAAACUCAAGUUUUACUAAUUUUUAAGUACAAAAGUGAUAAUUAACUUUGCAGUCACGCUUGUUUUUUUACAGCUACGUAUGAAUAUUUUCAUCGUGUUUUCCAUUUCAUUCUUUUUAAAAUAUUUACUCCGAUCGUAAUAUAAUAAAUGUAUAAUUUUUAUAUAUAAAAAGACAGAUUUAUAUUUUGCACAAGGCAAUAAUGGUGAGAUGGUUUAUAGCUUGUAAGUAUAAAAUUGUUUCGAAUACUUGAAAAUAUAUCUUUCUAUAUUUUCUUCCGAAUGACUGAAAUGCGCGUGUUUAAUAACAUAUGAGAAGAUAUGAAAAAAUUAAAAGUUAAUGAUAUUCUCUUACCUAGAAGUGAUGGGAAAAAAAGAUUUUUUUCACCGACCGAUGUAAGCAAGUAAUAAAUAAAGAGAAAGAAAAUUAAUAAUUA